UGCUGGUACUUUGAUUUCCUAUCGGUCGGUGGCGACUGGAAUCAAGGGCAGACAACUACUUCCUGUACAAACUUUCUUCACAUGGUUCUUUUGUGUUAAUUUUUAAAUUAUUUUCAUUGGAGUUCCUGAAUCAGGAGGAUAAUCAUGUUUCUUUUGCCUGCGGCAGACGAUUCAACGACGUCUGUUGUAGCGCCAUUAUCAGCACCUGUCAAGGUCAGCUUUGAGCCUGCUGGACGCUGGUUUGAAGCGUUACGAUUACGAAGACGAAACAAACAUUCCCUGUCCCAUCAUUCCCUGCAGAGUUCCAGCAGCGAGGAGAGCGACAAUGAAGAGAUAGAGGAGGAAGAUAAUUCUGCUCUGUUGCAAGGCCUUGAUCCAAAAGAAUGGAAGCAACAAGACCACUAUGCAGUGCUGGGGUUGAGUAAUCUUAGAUACAAAGCUACAGAAAACCAGAUCAAAAAAGCUUAUAAAUGUAUGGUAUUAAAACACCAUCCAGACAAGAGGAAAGCGAGAGGUCUGAAGGUUGGCGAUGGAGAGGACGAUUAUUUCACUUGUAUAACUAGAGCUUAUGAAAUUCUGGGAAACAAAUCAAAACGUCGAUCGUAUGACAGUGUGGAUCCACAGUUCGAUGACGAUGUGCCGUCCAAUGAUGAGGAAUCAAAGAAAAAAUUCUUUACAGUGUUUGGCCCGGUCUUUGACAGAAAUUCUAGAUGGUCCAACAAAAGGACAGUGCCCAGUCUAGGGACGGACUCCACAUCCAUAGAGGACGUCAACAGAUUCUACACGUUCUGGUAUGAUUUUGAUUCAUGGAGAGAAUAUUCCUAUUUAGAUGAAGAGGAAAAAGAAAAGGGAGAGAAUCGUGAAGAAAGAAGAUGGAUAGAAAAACAGAAUAAAGCAGCCAGACAGAGGUUAAAAAAAGAGGAAAUGGCUCGAAUCCGACAGUUAGUAGACAACGCUUAUGCUUGCGACCCUCGUAUAAUUCGUUAUCGGGAAGAAGAAAAGGAAAAAAAGGAAGCUCAAAAACGUGCCAAAAAAGAAGCAGCUCGACAGAAAGCUCUGGAGGAGGAAAGGAUAAAACAGGAGGCUUUAGAGGAGGAGAGAAAGAAAAAAGAAAAAGAAGAGGAAGAAGCCAAAGCACAGGCUGCAAUUGUCAAGAAAGAAAAAGAAGCCCAGAAAAAGUUACUGAAGAAAGAACGCAAAGCACUCAGAACCGUGGCAAAGGAUAAGAACUAUUUUGCUGAAACAGAGGAUGAGAAAGUAACCAACAUGGCAGAUGUUGAAAGAAUAGCAGACCAACUCUCACUGCUCAGGUUACAGACACUGAAUGAAGCGAUGGCUGAGGGAGAAGGCAGUAAUGCUAAGGAGGCAUUCCUCCAAGUGGUACAAGAAUUGAACAAAGAAAUAGAAGAGGAAAAACAGAGACACCUGGAGGCACUACAGAAGCAGAAAGGGGGAGAUAACUCACAAAGUUCAAAGAAGACCUGGUUGGAGACAGAAAUUCAAUGUUUGAUUAAAGCAGUCAAUCUGUUCCCAGCAGGCACUAAGGAGAGGUGGGAAGUGAUUGCCAGUUUCAUCCAACAGCAUGUCCCAAACAGCAACAAGAAUGCGAAAGAUGUCCUUAGCAAGACAAAAGAACUGCAGAAAGAUGACUUUUUCCUAAAGCAAAAUGCAGACAAGAAAGCGUUUGAGAAUUUUGAGAAAAAGUUGAAAACUGCACAUGUACAAGCCAAACCUAAAGAGGGCGUAGUGAGCGAAAGGUUUGAGAGUGUUGGAGAGCAGCAAGUGAGAGAGGCGGGGACAAACCCUGCCCCGUGGUCCCCCGAGGAGCAGAAACUCCUGGAGCAGGCCCUGAAGACGUACCCCGCCAGCACCGCGGACCGGUGGGACAGAAUCAGCGAUUGUAUCUCCAGCCGAAGUAAAAAGGACUGCAUGAAACGUUACAAGGAACUGGUGGAAAUGGUGAAAGCAAAGAAAGCAGCGCAAGAUGCCGCCGCAAAGAAAAAAUAACACGAAUGGAGCCUAGGGGCUGAGGAGAUGUAAGCGUAGAGCUGUGGAAGGUUCCACUAUCGAUUACGGACUGCAAGGACUUGAUUUGGUUUGGUGCUCAGUUGAGUUGAGGAAAAUAACAUUGCAGAUAUCCACAUGUAAAUAACAUCCACUCGCUCAAACAUAAAGGAUCUGAUUAGGGAUUUGAUUCUAGACAGGACUAGGGAUUUCAGGCAGUGCUGUUUUGGGGGGCUAUGGCCUCUGAUACUUGCUAUGGAUGGUAGAGAUAUGACAGACACGUGAAGGAAUCAUAGGUGCGGUGUUUCCUCGCUUCUCGUUACCACGGUCGCAGUCUGUGAUACCAGUUGUUUUAUUAACAUCAUUGCUGUUAAACAGUAUUUACAUUUGCCCAAUAAAAACUGUAUAAAAAUUUC